AAUUAUCACUGACGCACACAACAAUGUACGGUGCUCUGUUAGCGGCUACUAACACGGAAUGAAAACGGAAAGAAAUGGCCUUGCUUGGACUGAAGCAGCAUUUAGGAAACUCGUCAGCCUCUUCUCUUAACUUGUAAACAUAAAUACAAACUUCCUGACAACUACGGAUUCGUGUCGCGGACAUUUUUCAGAGACCGCCUCUGCUGCUGCCGCCGGAAACUACAAAAGUGGAGUGAUCUGCCCGCGGAUAAACGGAGAAGGAAGUUACGCCACCAUCAGCGUCAGCCUGAGGAAAUUUGCAGCCGCAAAUGAAAACGUAGCGGGAAAACGGGUGAGCGGCCGAGCCAGCUGGAGUCCAGUGUGGUGCAGUCACGUAGUACGUAAGAUGUCAUGCGUGCCAGUGAAGUAAGCAGGAAAGGCGAGGAUCCAGACCGGGGAGGAAACAGGCAGACAGGUUGGGAAGACGGAGAGGGAAUGCCUCUAAAGCAGAAUCUGCAGGUCAGCAGGCGGAUAGAGGCAGCAUGUGGUGCUCCUGUUCAUCCAGAGGUUAGGAUGAUCCUUCCAGGGCCGAGCCAGGAUGCACUAGAGGGGUUUUAUCUGUAGGCUGGUCUGGAUCACCAGAGGAGCUGGAGCGAUGAUGCUUCCAGGAGAUCAUAUCCCAGCUUUGGGAAUCCCAGGACUUUUCCAGGUCAGAGACAUAUCUAAUCCCUCUAGUUCUGGGUCUUCGUGUGUUUCCACCUGGGACGUGUCUGGAAAACCUCCAGAGGGACGUGAUCUUCAUCAGAUGCCAGAGCCACCUCAGCUGAGAGGAGCAGUGGCCCUAAAGCAGUGGAUAAAGGUGCCUGGAAUGCAAACCCCUAAGGAAGGUGGUCCUGUUGUUCCUGCUUCUGAAGUUUAUUCUGAUAAAACAAAGGAUGUGUUACUGUGUUUCUGUUCCCUGUGCCCAGCGCGUGUGAAACCCCGCCUCUGUGACCCUGAACCAUAAGGCGUCCGCCUCUAAGCUGCCCCGGACUGCAGGAACGUCCAAAGCUGUUUCGAGGAUUCAGGUUUAUGUUUUUGACGUGUUGUUUGCACCUUUCUACCAUGAUUCCCAAUCGCUCACCCACGUAACCAUAAAAUAAUUUAGCAUGCUAACACGAUGUGGUGUUACGGGGAAAAACGACGCAGUUUUCUGGUUUUAUUCUGAACUUCUCUCUUCUCUUCUGUUCAACGCCGCUGAAAAUCUGGAAAUUCACAUGAACAGCAGGUGGAGACUUCCAGAACGGUCCGUUAGCCAGCUGGGCUCUGGCUUCACUUCCUGUUCAGCUACUCCAAGUGCAGAGGAGGUCGGACGGUCGGAGCGUCGUGUGACGGAUAGAUCGAGAUCCAGUCACUUAGAACGGGAAGGUCACAAUGAUUGGAUAAAGGUUUUCCAGGGUUGUUCUUCUCAGAGAGGGUGCAGAUUGUUUCCUUUUAGAUGAAACGUUGAUUUGAUUGGUUGCCAUCAGUUUGGGGAGAGUUUUUCAAGCAAUGGGACAAAAAUUCUGUAGAAAACAUCUCCUCCUUCACCGGAAACGGUUUUUGCACGUCCUGUACAAAAUAAUCAGCUGAAGUGGUAAAAAUAAAUGAAUCUGAUUAAACAGCAUUAGAAAACGACUGCUGUUCCUAAAAAAGUCACUCGGUUUUAGAUUUUUAGAUUAGUUUUAAUUCUGGGCGCUUGAACUUCUGCUCCUGCUUGGUGUUCAUGAAGCAUUCAAUCAUUCAAAACCUCCGCUGGAGGCGUUUCACUCUCUGAAAGCAAACUUCCCUCCCUGCUGAUCCAAACCUCGGACUCUUUCUGCAGAACGCCUGCUGCUACUCAGCUUGACCUUUUGGAGGCCGGAGCCCUGGAGCUGGACGGCAGCACCUUGUGGUUCGCCGAGCAAAAGCGUGACUCACCUGCUUGAUCGAGGAACCACAAACACCGAAAAGGACUCGUAGCUUCUCUCCCACCGCAGUGGUUGUCGGACCGGAAGAAAAGACAGCUGCAGAAGAAAGAUGUUGACAUUCAGCGUCGGAUUGAGCUCAUCCAGGACUUUGAGAUGCCCACGGUGUGUACCUCCAUCAAAGUGUCCCGGGAUGGUCAGUUUGUCCUGGCAGCGGGAACCUAUAAACCCAGAAUUCGUUGUUACGACACCUAUCAGCUGUCCCUGAAAUUUGAGCGUUGUUUAGAUUCAGAAGUUGUGGCCUUUGACAUUCUGUCUGACGACUACUCUAAGCUGGUGUUUUUGCACUGCGACCGCUACGUUGAGUUCCACUCCCAACACGGACACUACUACAAGACUCGUAUUCCAAAGUUUGGACGGGACUUUUCGUACCACUACCCUUCCUGUGACCUUUUCUUUGUGGGCAUGAGUUCUGAGGUGUACAGGCUGAAUCUGGAACAGGGCCGCUUUCUGAACUCCCUUCAGACAGACGCUGCAGAGAACAACGUGUGCGACAUCAAUCCCGUUCAUCACUUGUUUGCAACAGGAACCUCUGAGGGAAAGGUGGAAUGUUGGGACCCUCGUGUCCGGAGCCGAGUGGGCCUUCUGGACUGCGCCCUGAGCAGCCUGACCGAAGGAGCAGAGGUCCGGGGUUUACCUUCCAUCAGUGCGCUGAAGUUCAACGGCUCCCUCUGCAUGGCGGUAGGCACCAGCACAGGGCAGGUGCUGCUGUACGAUCUACGCUCCAGCGAACCGCUGCUGGUCAAAGACCACUUCUACGACCUGCCAAUCAAAUCCCUCAACUUCCACCAGCCGCUGGACCUCAUCGUGUCUGCUGACUGCAAGAUAAUAAAGAUGUGGAACAGAGACACCGGGAAGCAGUUCUGCUCCCUUCAGCCUCAAACCAACAUCAACGAUGUUUGCAUGUAUCCUGAUUCAGGAAUGCUCUUCACCGCCAACGAAGACCCUAAAAUGAACACGUUCUACAUCCCAGCUCUGGGACCCGCUCCUCGAUGGUGCUCGUUUCUUGACAGCCUAACGGAGGAGCUGGAGGAGAGCCCGGAGAGCGCCGUGUAUGACGACUACAAGUUCGUCACCAGGAAGGACCUGGAGAACCUGGGUUUGUCUCACCUAGUGGGAACGUCUCUGCUCCGAGCCUACAUGCACGGCUUCUUCAUGGAUAUACGGCUUUAUCACAAGGUGAAAAGCAUGGCCAAUCCUUUUGCGUACGAGGAAUACCGCAAGGAGAAGAUCCGUCAGAAGAUCGAGGAGUCCCGGACGCAGAGGGUUCAGGUUAAGAAGCUGCCAAAGGUGAACAAGGACCUGGCUCUGAAGCUGAUGGAGGAGGGUGACGAUGAAGCCGAGGAGGCUCCGAGGAAAAAGAAGGGCAAGGCGCUCCCGAGCAUCCUGGGAGACGAUCGAUUCAAGGUGAUGUUCGAGAAUCCAGACUUCCAAGUGGACGAGCAGAGCGAGGAGUUCCGGCUGCUCAACCCCAUCGUCUCCAAGGUGGGACUAAAGAGGAAGAAGAAGCUGCGUCUGCUGGCUCAGCAGGACGCCGCCUCCCAACAGGCGGCAGAAGACGAAGAGCCGGAGGGCAAAGCCAGCUCCGAGGAGGAGAGCUCCGACGACGACAAGAGCUGGGUGGAAGAGGUGAGGGAGCAGAGGAGGUUACUGCGGCAGGAGAACAGAGACCGGCGUCGGCAGGAGAGGAAGGACGCCGACCGAGACACCGUCCUGCUGGACCGGGGACAGAGCCAAGAGAAGACGAGUCAGCCGCAGUUUUAUCAGCUCAAACCUGGAGAGGAGUUCCGAAGUUUUAAGGACGUGGCCCAUAAACAGAAACUACAGAAGGCGUCUCUGGAGGACCGGCUGAAGAUGGAGGAAAGCUCUGGAAUCAACAGCGCCGUCGACACGGCCGUGGGCAGCAAACAGCUGACCUUCACUCUCAGAAAGUCGGAGCAGCAGAGGAAGCAGCAGCAGGCGGAGCGGGAACACCGCGAGGAGAGGAAGAAGCUGCGCCGAGCGGCCGGACACUUGAGCAGCAGCCGGGGGAGAGGCCGGGGGGGGAGGGGGAGGGGGAGAGGUCACUACUGAAGGGAGAGAUCAGACGUGAACCUGAACAUGAACUCACAGCAAAGACCUCCAAGCAGCUGGUUUAGAUCUGCCCUCUGUACAAACGUCAUACUGCAGCCGAGUCUUUCCACCGAGAGAGGAAGAUAAAUGUUUUAUCUUGUUGGAUCAGUUGAACAAAUAUAUUUGGUACAAAACAGA